AUGUCUUUAUCCUCUACAUCCACUAUCAAACAACAAAUUAGCACUCACCUCGGUUCUAACGCUUCUAAAUAUUUUGAUUGUCUCUACAACUUUGUCACCGGCCGAAUAUCUCGGGCAGAGUUUGAUGAUGUUUUGAAGCCCGUCCUGGAUGCACCACAUCUCAUUCAACUCCACAAUGCACUGAUUAUAUCGUUAUUCGACUCCCGAAGCCAUAAGCCACAUGUACCUCCUUCUUCAGACGUACCGAAACCACCCCCUCGCAAACGAAGGCGGAUGUUGCCCUAUCAGGGACCCGGAACUUCGGACGAGGAGUUGGGCCUUCGUUCUGCUCGUUUGAAGCGAUGGACUGUAUCGAUGGGCAAACCCGAGCGUGAACGCAUUCGGAAUUUGAAGGGAGCGCCCCCGCCUAUAGAACCCCCGAGACCCAGAAGCGAAACCGAUGAGAUCGCUAGGGAGCGAGGAGUUGUGCUCCAUUCUGAGCGGGGCGCACCGGCUGGAAACCAUGUUGGAGUACCACUCGCAUCCCACACUCGGUCAUUGACAGUGCAGCUAAUCGCCGAAAAGAUUAAUCUGAUUUGUGCGCAGAAUCAUUUGAACACGCCCGCAAGGAGUGUGCCGACCCUCAUGCACCUUGCUUGCGAAGUCAAAUUAAAGCAGUUAAUAACCCAUGCUUUGACACUAACCACCGAUUCUUUGGCAAUAUCCUCAAUCACGACAUCCAGUGACAACACAUCGGCUCACCAUCAUUCCCAUAAGGUCCUCACCACAGCUGCAUUUGAAACAUUAUUCAUCCUUGCCCCUUACGAUCUUCCUAAUAAGAGUGCCGCUGCUAUGAGGCUCGCUCUAGGGGAGAGAGACGAGGAUGACGAUGAUAGGGAUGUGCCGCUUCUGAAAGAUCGUGAGGUCAAGGAUCAGAGAUGGCAAAUCAUGGCGUUGUUGGGAGAGAGAAGUACGGUAAAGGAAGCUUUGAGAGGUGUAAGAUGA